CUUACAGCAACAGAGUUUAGACUGUCUUUGCUUCAUCAUCUGAAGGCAAAAUUUUCCAGCGAAGGCAGACGGCGCUCAGAGUACAAUAAACAGGGAAGGAGAACUAUUUACAUGGAAAUUUCUUCCUCAGGAUGCCGGGGAGAAGCCUGGGCCGCUGGAUUCUGCCAGAUGUUCCUGGGAUUACUGUAAAAGGGAAGGAGAGGCAGAGCUAAACAAGGUCCAUGAUUUAAAAGUGCCUGUGGGAAGUCACUUUGGCUGGAAACUGCAGCCAGGGAGCUCCUGUGUUUUCAAGUCUUGUUUUCCUGUCCAAUACACGUUACGUCGACCUUACAAGUGGAUGAAGAUACCUCAGUUGUCUGACUUUACCAACGACUUGUUUUCAGAGUUUAUAAAGGUGGGAGGAAACAGAAAUCCUGCUAAGAGCUGAACAUCUAAGUGGCUUCUUCUCCAGCACCAUCGAUAGCUGUGAGCUUCGAACUGGAUAUAUUCUCCCAAGGAGAGCUGUGAUAUUGAAGUUCCUUAUUAGAAACAGUGUGUCUGCAACACAAUCAGGGGACUGGGACACUGACAGCCAGAGAUGACACUGAGCAUGCUUUUGUUUCGGCCUGCAGUCUUCAGGCGGGGCACAUUGAUGGAUGAGUGACUGCUUGCCAAUACAUUCUCUUCUCACGCUGUUCCUUGGAUUGGACUUCAUUAAGCAAUUUAUCACUUAACCUUCAGACUUACAUGUGGGGGCUUUCACAACAAUAGUUUUGCAUCGUUGGAACUUGGGUUGAUUGAGUCACUGAACAGAAACGAACAGAGUCCAAAUUACUUGCUUGCCAUGGCUUUGAAUGUUGCCCCAGUCAGAGACACUAAAUGGCUGACGUUAGAAGUCUGCAGACAGUUCCAGCGAGGGACCUGCUCGCGCUCCGACGAGGAGUGCAAAUUUGCUCACCCCCCCAAAAGUUGCCAGGUUGAAAAUGGAAGAGUAAUCGCCUGCUUCGAUUCCCUAAAGGGCCGUUGUUCAAGAGAGAACUGCAAGUAUCUUCACCCUCCAACACAUUUAAAAACUCAACUAGAAAUUAAUGGGAGGAACAAUUUGAUCCAGCAAAAAACUGCAGCAGCAAUGCUUGCCCAGCAGAUGCAAUUUAUGUUUCCAGGAACCCCACUUCAUCCAGUGCCCACUUUUCCUGUAGGUCCCACAAUAGGGACAAAUACGGCGAUUAGCUUUGCUCCUUACUUAGCACCUGUAACCCCUGGAGUUGGGUUAGUCCCAACAGAAAUUCUACCCACCACACCUGUUAUUGUUCCCGGAAGUCCACCUGUCACUGUCCCGGGCUCAACUACAACUCAGAAACUUCUCAGGACUGACAAACUGGAGGUAUGCAGGGAGUUCCAGCGAGGAAACUGUGCCCGGGGCGAGACCGACUGCCGCUUCGCACACCCCGCCGACAGCACAAUGAUCGACACAAACGACAACACCGUAACCGUUUGUAUGGAUUACAUAAAGGGGCGUUGCAUGAGGGAGAAAUGCAAAUAUUUUCACCCUCCUGCACACUUGCAGGCCAAAAUCAAAGCCGCGCAGCACCAAGCCAACCAAGCCGCGGUGGCCGCCCAGGCAGCUGCAGCCGCGGCCACAGUCAUGACUCAGUCGACUGCCAAAGCAAUGAAGCGACCUCUCGAAGCAUCUGUAGACCUGGCCUUUCCACCUGGUGCUCUUCAUCCUUUACCAAAGAGACAAGCACUUGAAAAAAGCAACGGUGCCAGCACGGUCUUUAAUCCCAGCGUCUUGCACUACCAGCAGGCUCUGACCAGCGCACAGUUGCAGCAACACACCGCGUUUAUUCCGACAGGGUCAGUUUUGUGCAUGACACCCGCUACCAGUAUUGUACCCAUGAUGCACAGCGCUACGUCAGCCACUGUCUCUGCAGCAACAACUCCUGCAACAAGUGUCCCCUUCGCAGCAACAGCCACAGCCAAUCAGAUAAUUCUGAAAUAAUCAGCAGAAAUGGAAUGGAAUGCCAAGAAUCUGCAUUGAGAAUAACUAAACAUUGUUACUGUACAUACUAUCCUGUUUCCUCCUCAAUAGAAU